AUGCCAUUGGGUUUACAACCGGUUUGCGGUGUCUGUGGAUCUAAUGAGUCGACGAUGUGGUCGAAGACAAGCGACGGAUGCAUUAAAUGCAACGAUUGUAACAACAAAGAGAUCACUGAAUCCAAUGACAGCCAAAGCGCGGUCACGACUCCCGAAGCAGAUAAUACAUUGAAGACAAUGCCAUUGGGUUUACAACCGGUUUGCGGUGUUUGCGGAUCUAAUGAGUCGACGAUGUGGUCGAAGACAAGCGACGGAUGCAUUAAAUGCAACGAUUGUAACAACAAAGAGAUCACUGAAUCCAAUGACAGCCAAAGCGCGGUCACGACUCCCGAAGCAGAUAAUGACAGUCAGACCGCAGACAGCAAUAAGAGCGACAAACCUAAUGCGGCCAAACAACCGAUGGUUGCCAUCAGAAAGAGUGUCCGAAACAGAGGCAAAGUUAAGACCACUUUUAACAACAAAUUAAACACAAUUAAAGGCAAGAGUCGACGGAUUAUAUUCAAGCGAUGCGUGGUUCGCGGGCCGACAUCGUUCGCCACUGCCGUCACAUCCAAUCACAUCUUUUUCAGGGGUCAGUACUAUCAGAUCGGAGACAUCGUGUCGGUAGAGGACGUGAACGGCGGCACAUAUUUCGCACAAAUACGAGGCUUUCUUCAGGACCAGUACUGCGAGAAGAGUGCAGUGAUUACGUGGUUAUUGCCGUCAGAGGACAGCGAUGAGGAUGUGUUCGACGCCAGCACUUACUUCUUGGGCCCCGAAGAGGACACUCCGCGCAAACUGGAGUGCAUGACGUUUGUAUGUCACGCGCCCUCCGACUACUAUAAGGACCGCUACUCUCCGUAUCCGACGCUUAUAACCAAACCGGAGAGCGGUUUCGUUUGGACCCGAAUGGGGCCACAAAUAAUCAAAAUCUCAAACAAAGACCAAAUGCUCAGUGAAUUGGAAAAUCGCGACACAAAUGAUGAUUAAUUAAUACAAUUUAAUGG